UCUCUCUCUCUCUCUCUCGCUGAAGCCCUUGCCAGACUUUUUUUGCUGAUUAAAUCCCAGCCCAGGUUCAAAUCGAUUCAGUUUUGUGGCUUAAAUCGAGCUUGCAUGCUAGGGGUUUGAAGGCUUGCCAAUUUGGAACGAAAUUGCAUUUUAUUGGAAUCCCUUUUGGUGGUCUACGACUAUGUAUUUUAGAGGUGAGAAAAAACUGUCGAACUGCAAAUCCAAUCCGAACCAGUCCAAGCCAGUCAGUUUGGUUAGCAGCGUGAGGACAUGGGGACGGUGUUGUGCAUCCGACUGCUCUGAGGAUGCGGCGCACUGCACAGCACCAUCCCCAAUUCCGUUAUUUAGUCCUUGUUAAUUUGGAAAAUAAAAAAACUGAAGUAAACGGUUUGGUUUGUAGAUAUAUUCUCACGGUUCUGAUUUCAAAUCCAUCUAAACCACAAUUUUACAUUACAUAUACUACUAUUUAAUUGAUAUGUUAUUUAGGAACUUUAGACAAUAAUAAACUCAACCAUUAUAUACAUUGAGCAUGUAUAAUUAAACCAUAUUUCUUUAGGGACUUAUCAUGAGUUUGAAUCUAUUUUAGUGACUUGUAGUGAUUUUAACGCAAUUGGUUCAGACACAAGUUCUGUUUACAAGUUUUUUUUUAUGAAAAAACUUAAUUGAUUAAAAUGCUUUUUGAAAAAUUAUCCCAAAUUAAAGUAAACCGUGGUUCGAAAUAGAAACUGAGCUGUAGUUUAAUGUUUUAGAUUGGUUUGGUUCUAUGUGUUUUGCGUAGGGGAUAGGAUUGGUUAUGAAAAUCUUCAAUCCGUAAGAAUUGGUUUGAUUCAUUGUUUAUCGCAAACCCGAACCAAUUCAUUCCUUGCUCACCCCUACUACCAAUGUUGAAUUGUACAUUGUCCUUCAACUAUGCAAACACCUCAUUUAGACAAAUUGUGUUUCCUAUUUCUUUUCUUUAUUAAAGUUCAACUAUAGGAAACACAUCCAUUGAAUCAAUUUCCACCUCCACGUUACUGAUUAGUCUGUCCUUUUUAGGAAGAUACAUACUUAUGAAAGAAAGAAAGAAAGACAUAUUACAAAAGGAUUGCCAAAACCGCUGCUUUCUAUAAGCAAAACGGGUACAAUAGGAAACACUUUUUAAUUGAGGAAACACUUUUUAAUUGCCUCUCCUUAUAUAUUGAUACUGAGUACACGCUUAUUUUAUAUCACUCAUAAUAUUCUUCCUUGUAGUUGGGUUCCACCCAUCGAAAGCAUGGCUUCUUCCUUCUCUGAUUGGGCAUGGCUUCCAAGAAACCUCCUCCUUUCCAUUCUAGAAAAAAUUGAUCAGUUCUCGGACUAUGUACGGUUUAGUGGCGUCUGUCUACCAUGGCGUCGCUAUGCCCUCGACCAGGUUACUGAUGAUUACAAGCAGAGGUUACGCAUCUUCAAAUCGUGUCAUAAUAAACUCCCUGUGUUGAUGAUGGACACAAACGAAAACAGUGAACCAGCAAAGCGACUUUUGUUUAGUCUCACCAGAGAAAUUACGUACUCAGUGGAUUUGCCAUUGCCUUGUACUAGGAGGUUUAUAGGAUCUGCCUUUGGAUGGUUAUUAGCUAUAGAAAGAAGCACCAUGGUCAUAACCCUCUUAAACCCCUUUACUGGUGGAGCCGUUUCUCUCCCGCCUUUGAAAGAUCCUUAUGGUCUCUAUGAAGGUUACAUCGAUGAUGAUGAUCCAGAGGACUUUAUUAGGAAGGCAAUUCUAUCAUCCGAUCCAUCUCUAAGCCCAAACAACUACGAGGUUGUGGUUAUCUAUGAUGGUAUGUGUCGAUUAGCUAUGUUCAAAUCUGGACAAGAGUCAUGGAAUUUUAUUGAUAGACGUGAUUACUCAUGCUCAUGUUUUGAUGUUAUUUAUCAUCACAAAGGUCAAAUUUAUGGCGUCGACAAAAUGAGUAACCUAGUGAAAAUUGACUUUGCUAGCGGUACAGAAAUAGCUUUAACCAAACAAGUAAAACCUUCGAUUGAUAUGGCUGACGCCGUUUAUCUCGUUCAAUCACAAGAGGGUGAUCUACUACACGUACAAAGGUAUUGGGAGGGGCUUCCUGAUGGUGAUCAGACAGAGAAUACUUCAAGAAUUGCUGUUUUUAAGUUGCUACAACAUCCAACUGGGGAGGCAGAGGCAACAUGGGUUCCUAUUAGUCGCUUAGGGAACCAAGCCUUAUUUGUAGGCGACAAUCAUUCUCUAUCGGUUUCAACAUUAGAGUUUCCCGAGUGCCUACCUAACUGCAUAUACUACACGCAACACUUCCAUUGCGACUGUCCAGGUUAUGUGCCCAGGGGGAUCGAUGAGGACAUGGGUAUCUUCAAUGUGGAGGAAGAAAGCUUUCAAUCGUGUUGCAUACCAGAUCCUCAUCUUGGAAACAACGUUCUGCCUCUAAUCUGGUUUGUGCCAAAUAUGAGAGGAACAAUUUCUUCGUGUUUUCAAUCUACUUCUUGUAAUAGUAGUGGGUUGAUGCAGUCAGAAUUUGGAAAAAUUAAAAUUAUUUAAGUCUUGUGGUUUUACAUUAGUAUAUAAUGUGAGUCGAAGAGUCUUUAUCAUUUAUUUUGUUAGUCCAGGAGUCCAGUUGCUUUUGUAUUUGUUUUGUGAGUCUUCCUAGUUUUUUAGAUAUAGAGUCAAAGUUUUAUUUCCUAUUCUUGGAGGGAUGUUUCAAGAUAUCUAUUUAAGGCUUUAGCCAUAAAUGAAAUGGGGGAGUUUGAGUUAAUGAAAA